UGCCAGUGUGUCACCAGUGCCGCCUCGCCUCCAGGAUGCCCGUCUCCUUGGCUGAUGGGGACCUCGACGGCUGCCAGUUUCAGCGGCUGAGGACCUCGCGUUGUGGAGCAACUCGUCUUGGGAGACUACCAGAAACAAGGGAGGCGGGGGACACACUCGGCCUCGGACUCUUCCCCUCCCCCCCUGCACCGAGGCGAGACUUCCCUGCGAGCCUGCACCUGGAAUACAAGAAGCCUUUUGAUUCUAUUGUAAACGCUGUUCCUGAGGGACCAGUGGUGGCAGGCUCCUGAUGAUAAAAGUCAUAAGAUAACAGAACAGAUUUUUUAAGAUUUGGCUAAUAAGAUGAUCUUUUUUAUCGUCCGGAGUCAUUGCCGAAAUAGUCUUUCUCUGUGCCAAGAAAGAUAACUUUAAGUGUGUGUGUGUGAGAAUUAUGUCGAUUGAUUGCGGUCCCUCUUCCUCUUUCCUAACCAAUCCUUUCCUCUUACGAUCUCUAACCAUCUCUCUUAUUCAUCUUCGCUCAUCCGAGAACAUCCUGUUCUCUAAACAUCUCUCAAUCAUGAAUCGAAUCAACCAUGAAGAUUAUUCCCUCACGAUUCUUUUCUUUUUGGGGGGAUUUUCCUUCUGGGCUUUUGCUUUGGUGAAAAACAGUUACAGAGACAACGGGACCUACGACGACCACCGCGCCGAUCGUGCUGCCCACCAUGCCGCCCUACGAUGUCUCGUACCCAGCGACUACGGACUACUACUGGGGUACGAUUCACAAGACCAUGACGGACGUGAACGGCGUCCCGGACAACUACGAGGUGACGGCGGGGCCCUUCGGCUUCGGACAGGCAAUCAGCAUCAGCAGUGACAAGGAGCAGUGCGUAAAAGAGACUGAAUACAACGCCGCAAUAGACUCUUGUUCGGGAAACCCCACUGACUGUGACAAAGGCAUCAGCAUCAGCGUCUGGGAGAAACCUGUCUUCAGCGGCACGGUGUUUGAGGCCGUAAACAACAGCGCCCUGGCCUCGAAGAAAUACGUCCUUUCCACUGGUGGCGACAGCGCGGGCCACCCAGGGAUCGCCAUCUACCACGACGGCCUGUACUUGGUGGCAGUGGUAUCCACGGGCGACGAGUACUGGGAGCUGAAGGUGGUGGGGCCGCUGCAGAACAACACCUGGAGCAACAUCGCCAUCCGGUGGGAGCAGCCUGGCGCUGACGACGGCACGCUCGACGAGAAGACCGGUGGCCUGGAGAUGUUCGUGAACCUGAAGAAGGUGGGCCACCAGGUGGACAGCGAGUCCUCCGCGCCGGCCAAGCAGCCCCUGGAUCCGACGGAGAUGAUGCUCGGCUGCCACAAGGACGCCGACAACCAAGUAUACAGAGGCUUCAACGACGCGGAGUACGACGAGCUCGCCACUUGGACGAGGAAGCUGCCGGACAACGAGACGCUGUUCUUCUUCGGUGGAUACGAGGCCAACUACUCUGACAUCGCGCCCGAGAAGUUCCAGAGCAUGCUGACCCAGGUUGAGCUGAAGGACCCCGCCCAGAUGGCUUUUGCUAUCAACAUCCUGAGCAAGAUGACCUCGACGGAGAACGUGGAUCCCACGACGGCGACCCCGACGGAGGCUGCCUCCACCUCCUCCUCUUCAGGUCCAACAGCCGGAAGCCCAACAGCCGCAACGACCCAGAGCGUGCAGAGCGCAGCGGAGGCAGCGGGUGUGAAGCAGAUUACGACCAUGAGUAAAAUCAUGAAAACCAUGACGAACCUGGACAACAUCAACCCAGACAUGCCUUAUUCCGGAUUCAAGUCGGCCAUGAGCCUCCUCGACGUGGCCAGUAACCUGCUGGGGGAGGAUUCGUUCCCGAAGUGGCGCGGUCUCCAGAGCAAGAAGGACGAGCCUGGUUCCGCUGAGCUGGUCGAGAACCUGGGGAACUGGCUCACCACCAUGGCCAGGGAGGUCAGCUUCACCAACGAGUCGGACACCAUCGACUUCGCCAAGACCACGGACAACAUUAUGGUGGAAGUGGUGAAGAUGAUGCCCGACGAUUUGGCCAAGAAAGGGAAAUAUUUUGAAACGCCGAAUUACAAGCACCCCGAUAUUAAACCUUACAUGGACGAGUGGGACCUACCUUACGAUCGAGCUGUGGUUCCGACGGACUUGUUUGCGGACGAGCGAUGCGGAGAGCGGCCCGUGAGUAUCACAAUGCAGCUCUUCGAUACCUACGACGACGUGGUGCCCAUGAAGGUCAACCCGGCGACCCUCCAUCCGCGGGAGCACAACGUAAUCGACUCCCGCGUCAUCGACAUCCACAUCACCGUCGACCUCGUCCGAAAUUCCGACGGCCUCAUCGACCCGUCGGCGCCCGACUGCAAACCUGACCCCGACAAGCUGAAGGACACGCCGGUGCGCUACAAGCUGGAACACAACACCAAAGAAUUUUCUCUGCGACAGUUAAGCUUCCACUCGGACGAAAAGCAAACGGAGAUCAGACAAAGGUACUGCGUUUGGUGGAACGACGAGAUCGGUGACUUCGGUUCCUGGGACACGACCGGCUGCUCCCUCCUGAAGACCACCGACGAACACACUCUCUGUGCCUGCGACCACUUCGGCACUUUCUCCAUUCUGGCUGAGAAAAUCGAACCGAAGGAGGUGCCGGAGGAAAAAUUGUGGCUGACCAUCUUGCGCUACGUGGGCUACAGUCUCUCCUUCGUGUGCCUCAUCAUCUACAUCGUGGUCAUCGCUAUUUCGGGUGACUUGAAGGAGCAGUUCCACCUCAUGGGCAUGAACCUGUCCAUCGCAGUCCUCCUUGGCUCCAUCUGUAUGCUAAUCACAGAUAUCCACGCGGUGAGAGACGAUCGCCACGCGUGCACUGCCUUGGGGACCCUCCUGCACGUGUUUUACCUCGCUGCCGGGGCGUGGAUAGCCGCCUUGGGCCACGCGUGUUUCAAGGCCAUUACGUCAGGCGUCGUCGGAGGUCGAUUGCGUGCCUAUUGGUUCCUGUGUUGGGGCUUCCCGCUCAUAUCAAUGGGUCUUACGUACCUGCUGUUCCUGCACGACCUCGGCGACGAUCCCCGCUGCUUCAUCGCGUGGGAGAACACACCGAAGUUCGUGUUCUUCGUGCCGCAGAUGCUCUUCGUCUUCUGCUCCUUCUUCUUCGGCACCAUCGUCCUCUGCAAUCUUGCCACACCGGCGCUUAGAAAAGAUAAUCUAAUCGACGACUACGGAACGUUCUGCCGCGGGGCCUCCCUCGUCAUGCUCUUCUUCGACCUCAUCUGGACUUUCGGCCUCCUCACCUAUAUUCGCUUCGGCUUCAGAGACCCAGAUUUCUAUCCAAUCUUUCAAGUUCUUAACUCGUGGAUGGGCCUCAUCAUCCUUGUCUUCAUCGGGGUGGGCUCCAAGCGGUGGAGGAUGGUCGUGCUCGGCCAGGCCAAAUCCAGGCGGAAGAUGCUGCUCGGCUACGAGUUCGGCGGCUCGAAGCCCGGCGACGACGAGAAGGAACGGCUGGGCUCGCCCGAGGACCAGCGCAGCAAGGCCUCCAGCCGCCCCUCCAGCCGGCCCUCCAGCCGCCCUUCCAGCCGCCCCUCCAGCGGGAGAGCCUCGCCCGUCAGCCCCUCGGGGGUCGACAUGAACCGGCCCGCGACCUCCGCGUCCGACUUCCCGUCUCGGCCUGCGUCGCGGGGGCUGCCACAACAGCAAGAAAGUCGUUUCGGGGCCACCAAGGGUUUCUCAUCAGACGAAGGAAAACCGGACUGGGUCAUCCAUUUCGGUCUUUAUUUCGUCUGA